AUUUCUAAUUAUUAGAAUAAAAAUUCAUUAUUUCAAAAAGUCGCACAAAUGCUCAAUUGUUCCUGCUCAUUUGAAGAACCAUUUGGAUAUACAAUUGUCCACUACAUCUGCACAUCUAUCUCAUUUCCUGUUUAUGGGCUAUCAAUUUGGAUACUUAUAUUCAGAACACCAUCGAAUUUCAGUGAUUACCGGAAAUAUUUGGUUUUGCAUAUAUUCUCUGGUCUUCUAUUAGAAGUGUACAUGGGAAUCAUAUGGAAGGUGACUGUAGUAUUGCCAAUUCCAAUCAUGUGCUCAAACAGCUUCACAGCCGAAUAUGCUCCAAUAAUUUUCCUAUUCCUUCCUGCUUGCCUAAUUUACACCGGGAUAUCUAUAAUUUCUCUAUUUGUCUAUCGAAUGGAAGCAGUUGUCAUUCAUGCGUCAGAAGGGUCUAUAGCAAGAAGAUGCGUAAUGUACUUGAGAUACAUGUUCUUUAUAUGCGUGGUUUUCGUGUGCAUUUUUACAAUUUUGAGUUAUCCAGACUUGAAGCAUCAGAACGAGUAUAAAUUAAAAAUGGAACAGAGAUUCGGUCAAUUUCAACCGUACAUGUGGUGUGAUAAUUGCUUCUUUUUCAACUUUGAUUCAACAAUUUUCAAAUUGUUUUAUGUGAUAUGUGCAGUUACAGUAGUCACAGGCACUACAUCAGCAACUAUCGCUUUUGGAAUAACAAUUAAAUGUAUAAACUCAGUGAGAACUCGAUUAUCUGCAAAAACUAAACAGAUGCAUCGAAACUUUUUGAUAAGCUUACUUAUAGCGGCUGCAAUCCACGGAGGUUGCAUUUUGAUUCCAUUACUUGGUUUUCUCUGGGCCAUUUCAUUUGUUGUCAGCUUAUCCCAAUGUCCAUAUUUCCCUUACAUUUUGGUCUUAAUAAUACAAGAGCACGGAGCUGUGUCCACAAUCACAAUGUUUUUGUCCAAUAAUUUGUUGAGGAAGGCGUUGAUGCGAAUGCUGAUGAUUCCGGAGUCGAGAAGCAGUAACAACUUACCGAGUCAAAAUCUACAAAGCACCAAUAUAAUGUGAACAGGAAAUUUUGGAAGCGAAAUUAUAUAUUUUUUAAUCGAAAAAUUA